GAUCGUGCAUAUUACGAUGUUAGAUGACAAUUAUCUUGUACAAACUUGAUUAUACUCGUUGGAUUGGCUAGAAUCCUCUAAUUUUCUAUUGUUUUUGUCCAGUUCUUAGUAAUAGGUAAAGAAGCGAGAUGGAAAACCUCAACGGGAUGAACCAGUACCUCAACACAGAGAUAGUGUGUACCUUAGCAGGUCUUGGUUAUGCUGAAGGAAAUGAGUACUACAAGAGUCCCGAUUGUCUGGAGAGCUUAAAGGAUCUAAUCAAGUUUUUGCGUCGCGAUGAUUCAACCUGUGAGGUCAGACGACAGUUGGGUUGUUCAAAUGUUCUGCAAAAUGAUCUUGUUGCUAUUCUAAAGAGCUGCACACCCAAGGAAGGUGAUAUAUUUAAUAUGGUAAUAAGACUGAUGGUAAACCUGACCCAGCCUGCAGUUCUAUGUUGGGAAGGACAAAGAGUUCCAGAUGACAAGACUGGACAGCAUUACCACUUGGAGCUUGUCAACUACCUGCAAGGUUACAAAGAGGCCUUCACUGAUAUAGCAGUCAUGGCAGCUAUUGGCAAAGAACUUGCAAAGCUUUUACAAAAGGAAUGGGAGAGUAGAGAUGAGGAAGAUUACUUGGUGAUAGAAAGAAUCUUGCUGCUCAUCAGGAAUGUUCUUCAUGUGCCCUUCAAUCCUCAAGCAGAAAAAAGAACUGACGAUGAUGCAAGUAUCCACGAUCAAGUGAUAUGGAGCUUACAUCAAAAUGGUAUAGAUGAUCUACUGCUUUACAUAGCAGGAUCUCCUGAUGAGAGGCGAUGGUGUAUGCACACUCUGGAGAUCAUAUCUUUGAUGCUAAGAGAACAGAAUCCCGAGAGCUUGGCAAAAGCUGGAGGAGAAAGAUCACAAAGUGAAAAACGCGAGGACGAGAAACAACUACAGAUCUUAAGGGAGAGAGAACUGGCUGAAAAACGGAAAGCUACUUUGAAAUACACUGGAAGGCAUUCGAGGUUUGGAGGGACUUUUACUGUGAAGAAUAUGAUGUCAAUAGCUGAUAAGAGAGAAGUCAUUUACCACAAGAGCAUAGCAGAUGCAAAGAACAUGUCAUUCGACAAAGAGAAGAACGCACCCAAGAAGAGAAAAACUCAGGUCAUUGCAAAAGAAAUGUCUGUUGAGAGAAAGUCAACUCUAAGCAUAAGGCUGUUCUUGAAAGACUUUUGUAAGGAGUUCCUGGAACAUUGUUAUAAUCCACUCCUGUAUAUUGUCAGGGAUAAUCUAUUGCAUGAAAGGUCACAAGAAAAUGAUGAAAGUUACUUCUUGUGGGCAAUGAAGUUCUUCAUGGAGUUCACCAGACACUAUGGCUUCAGGGUGGACUUUGUUGGAGAAACAAUGAGUGUGUCAAAUUUCCAGUAUGUGCUCAAGAUUAUGAUGCAAUAUUAUGAGAGUUUCCUGGAAGAUAAAAAAGAUCCAGUGACGUGGGGAAGAAGGCUCCAUCUUGCUGUACAAGCCUACAAAGAACUGCUAAUGUAUGUUCUGUACAUGGAUGACUCAAAGGACGAGAAUCUCAGGGAGAAUGCCAAGGUCAUUAAAGCAAAUGUGUUCUACGUGGUGGAAUACCGCGAAAUCUUUAUGCUGUUGUUGCGAAAGUUUGACAAGUCAAAGCAGUCAAAGGCCUACUUACGUGAUUUAGUAGAAACAUUCCACGUGUUUCUUAAGAUGCUGGAGAGGUUUUGUUCUGGAAAAAAUCACGUCAUUGUUCAGCAAAAGAAGAGAGCACGAAGAAAGAAGAAGAAAUCGCGAAGGAAGAAUCAAGAAAUGAGAGUCGCUUUAACUCCUGAGCAGGCCGAUGCCAUGUGGCAGGGCAUGGCAUCUGACUUGUCGUCGCUCCUACAAGGUCAUGGUGGGGAGAUUCCAGAUUCUGCUGUGCCUUUCGACGCUGCAUCAGAUGUUACCAUGGAACAACAAAGGUUAACUGCGUUAAGUAAGAUCCAGACCUACCUACAGGGAGGACAGUACGGUGACGCUGUGGCUUUAUUGCGCGCAGCGAGGGAAAUAUGGCCUAACGAUUCGUUUGGAACUGCAGACAUGGAAACAGAGGAUGAAUUCAUGUGCCUUCAUGAUAUUUUUAAAAUGACUGACCUUCCUCAAGAAGUCACUUCAACGCUUGAAGAUGAUGCUGGAGACCACGAAGAAGAAAUUCCAGCCGAGGAAGAAGAGAUGGAAGCAAUAGUGACACGAGAAACUGAGUUUGAUUAUCAAGAAUUUUUGAACAAGUUGGCAAAUCCUAGCAUUCUUCAACCCUGCUGUUGGCUACUGAAAUUUUACCAGGAAAACAGCGCCAAAACAAACCAUUAUAUCGUUAAGAUGCUGCAUAGGAUUGCUGUCGAUCUGAAGAUGUACCCCAUGUUGUUCCAGUUAUCGCUUUUUGUUGUAUUCAACAAAAUCCUUCAGGACAAUGCUGCAAGCCUGUAUAAGGAGCUGGUGACGUUUUCUCGGUAUAUUGUUGGCAAGUUCUUUGCAUUGCUUCCUAAAAACCCUGUCUUGUGCGUAGAACUCCCAGUUUGGAAAAACGCUGACGCUUGUUACGAAAUCACCGAGGGCUACGGUAGCCUAGAAUUCAAAAACGCCUCGAAGCCCAAGCACAAAUCCACAUUUACCUUUGAAGAGGAGGAAGAACUAAAAAAGUUGUACCAUCAGUUUCAAGAAGAAGGAGGAGAUGUGGUUGAUAAGAUCCUUGAGAACAUUUCUGAUGAUACAAGGACUAGGAGACAGAUUAUCAAUAAGUUGGUAUCCAUGAAGCUUGUGGAAGACAGAAAGACUUUGCGAAAGAAAUCCGAGAAGAAGAGUAACUGGUCUGAAGAAGAGGAAGAUCAACUUAGAGCCUUGUACGAAGAAUACAAGAACUGUGAGGAUGGAAUCGUAGAGAAAAUUCUCGAACAUCUGACGCACACUUCAAGGUCUCGCCGACAAGUUGUUAAUCAGUUGGUUAAGAUGGGUCUUGUUGAAGACCGCAAAGCCUUGCGUAAAAGGAGGAAACCAGGGCAAAGAAAGAAGAGGAGAAAGAACGCCGAGUACGAGGACGGGGGAUCUGAAGAAAACUGGGAUGAAGGGGGCCAAAGCAAUAAGGAACACGUUGAGAGUGCUGCAAGUUCAUCAGAAAGUGAUUCUGAUGAUGAUGAUGACACUUACUUGUUUGUACCGAUGACAACUUUAGUAAAGAAGAUCAGAGAGCAAGGUCUUGGCGAGCAAAUAAAAUGGAUUCAGGACAAACUCAGGAGAACUGCAGACGACAGAGAAGACGAUGUAAACAGCAGACAGGCGAUACCUCUGGUAACCAUUAACGAGGAAAACGAAGAAGCACUUGAAAAUCGAGAAUUUAUUCAAAUGUUGAAGAAGAUUGGAUUCGUACCACCAGCAAGUGAGCAGGAAACAUUCUGGCGCAUUCCGAGUGGCCUCACACCUGAACAGAUGCGCAAGUCAGCCGAUGAACUGGACGGUAAAUCCCAAGACUCUGCUGACAAUAAUGAAGUUCCGAUUCCGUCUACCUCUCCUUCUGCUAUCAAGUCAAACCAACGUAAGAAUAAGUUAGCUGCUCUUGCCGCUGCACGARGAGAACACAGCACGAGCGCAAGAAAGAGGAAAGAAAGAACUGAAGGAACAGCAAAGCGGACGCCCCGAAGAAAAGAGAAGUCAGCAUCGAAGGGAAGAGCGUGGAGGAAGGCUUUCGCCAACGACGCGGACAAUUCUGAUAGCGAAUUGAGUGAAAAUGAAAGAAAUGAUAGUGAAGAGAUAAGUGUAAACGGGGAGGUUUCCUCAACCAGCAAGAGUCCCACAAACCAAACGACAACAUCCCAGAAAACUAAGAGACGAGUACGUGCGUUCACUGAGAGUGACGAAGAAGAGCAAGAGGAGGAAAAGAAUGCUAAUGAUGAAGAACCGAAUGAAGAAGCAGGAGAAUUCGUAGAUUCUACCAAAUCCCCCGCGGCCAAGUCAAAAACAAAUCAAGAAAAAGAAGACAAAGCAACAAAGAAAAGAAAGUUUCUUCUGGAGGAAAGUGAUGAAGAAGAGGAGGAUGGAGACAAACAAAAUCCUGUAGAAGGAGGCACCAAUACUAGAGAAUCAUCAUGUGCGCUUGUAGAUGACGACCAGGACGACGACGACGACGAUGAUGAUGAUGUUCCACUGACGAUUCUCAAGAAAAACACUCUUGAGGAAAAACGAGAUGAAAACAAAAAUAAUCUAGAGAGUGACGAAACGACCGCUAGAGGUAACGAAAUCCGUACCAAACGACCACGAGUGACCGACGAUGCAAGUGAUGAUGACGAAGAUGAUGUUCCUUUAGUCCAUCACAAGAAAAUACGCAAAGUUGUUCUGCAGGACGACGAAGAGGAUUAAAUACUGAAAAUGGCAAUUUAUCGAUUUUGUUUUGCUACAAAAUGUACAUUUGAUACGAUAAACGGUUAUCUUUGAUCCUUGGUGUUUUCGCGUUUAUACAAAAUUCGCGUGUCGUUUCUGAUGACUAGCAUAUUUAUUUACGACAUUACCUGAAAAAUUGACAUCUACAAAUUACUAAUAUGCAUGAGUUUCAAAUUUGGCAAGUUCUAUAUUCUGUAGAUUUGAGUUUGUUAUUAAAACUUAUUACAUAAUCGCCAGGGAUUCAAUCAUAGUUAAUGGAGUGGAAUGGUUUGGAAACUCCAUACACAAAGCCAUUGUUUUACCUUUGAUGUUGAAUCGUACCAUCACGUGUUACUGACGGUGCACAAUGAACCAAAGCAAGUAUGGCUGAAAAUGCUCAUUUCCUUAUUAUUUUCAUGUAUGGACAUUUUGAAAGUAAAAACUUUCAUUCCAUGACCACAAACCAUGGGUAUAAAUAUUUCUGCGCAGAUACAGUUAAGUUACUAGAUGAUAAAUAAGAAAGCAUUAAAAAGGGCAAUUUCAUUUUCAAUAAACAAUUAAUAUUAAUCACAUAGGAUUAAUUAACAAAUAAUACGUAUUUUAGAACGAUUUUUAAGGGUAAAAACCUUUUAUAUUCCCUAAUACUGUGAACAAAUGGAGAAACUUCCUUCACUGUGCACUGUCAACAUCAUAUAACAAUGGAUAAAGACGAACAAAAACAUAGAACAAUAGGUUUCCUAACCAUUCUGCUUCAUUAACUAUGACUCAAUCACCGUUUUCGUUGGUCUUGAUCGACAAGGAAGUAAAUUCGUUGAGCAAUUGAUCUACACUUUUCCUUAUCUUUGGUUUUAAGGUAUUUACUUUGCCUUGAAAUCUUGUUUUCUUUCCUCCACCCUUACCAUCCAGUAGUGAUGAUAUCCUAUGAACACGAAAUGUGUUAAUGAGAGACAAUACAACCUUACAAUGAUAGAGACAUGUGAAUAAUUGUCCAAGUCUCUAUCAUUGUAGUGGCGGAUCCAGGGGAGGGGUGCAAGGGGUGCGCACUCCUCGAGGGUUCGACUUUGUGCCCCUACUUCAAAGAUUUAACUAAAACAUAAUUAUGUUUUUUCCCUUUGAUUCUAAGGGGUGCACUCCUCCCUGAGUUAACUAUGUGCGCUGCACCCCUUCCUGAACAAAUUCCUGGAUCCGCCCCUGCAUUGCAAGGCCAUUGUCCUCCAUGCACAGGCACAGUUACCUUUCGAGAUGGCACGGGGAACAGUGAAGGGGACAUGCAUAAAACAGCCACUAUGUUUAUGAUUUUGACAGAUGAUUCAACAUUGCAUAUGGAUUACAUAAUUAUCCACAACACUUUGAUGCUUGUAGUUUGGUUCCCCUACUUUACAUGUUCAUUUACUUACUUUGGUCCAAGUUCUGCAACCUGUUUUUCUGUCCCAAUAAAUAGGAAUUGACCAGGUCCCUUAUCAGGCCCUACUGUGAUAAGAAGUGGGACACCCUAUAAAAAGUACCAACAUAAUCAUACGAGUCUAAAUAUUGUGUUUAAUGUUAGUAAGCAGAAAUUGAUAAAUAAAAUAAACUAGUACUA